GGGGUGAUGCGAGCGAUCGAUAGACGCAGAGGGUUUGAAAAGCUGAUGGCGCGAAGGAAAACGAACUGUUGGCUAACCAACUCCCGGAGGAGGAAACGAAAGCACACAAGCGGUGUAGUUAUUGAUCAGAAAGGAGGCUCGAAGCCAGUAGCAGCUGAGCCACCCUUAUCCUUUUCCUACGUUUCGAGACCGUGCACGCACGUGACCGUCGCACCCCAUUCAUAAGAACCCCCAACGAACUCGAGCACCACCCUAACCGGAGCACAGCUGUUGCUACAGAGAAUCCUGACGAUUAAUCGAGGUUCCUCAAGAAAUUUAUCGAAGAACCGUUUCGCCGAAUUGCCGGAAGAGGUGACGGAAUUCCUGUUCCUCGAAAAGCUUCAUCUCUACCACAAUGCCAUAAGAAUAAUACCGGAAACUGUGGUGAUGCUACAGUCCCUCAACUACCUCGAUCUUAGUCGCAACCAAUUGACUUCUCUACCUCGGGAGAUAUGCAGGCUACCGCUGCAAACCUUGUUGGUCGCUCACAACAGAUUGGCAUCUCUGCCGGACGAAUUGGGCAGGAUGUCGGCGUUGGCCGAGCUCGAUGCGGGAUGCAACGAAAUCACGAAUCUGCCACCCCGCAUGGGCGAUCUUGCGCGACUUAGGUCCUUGGAUCUGAGGAGCAAUAUGAUCGUCCACCUGCCUAUAGAACUGACGUACCUGAGACUCGUAAAGCUGGAUAUCAGCGGCAAUCGAAUAUCCGUGCUUCCGAACGAGAUGAGGAAAAUGAAGAGUCUGGUCGAUUUUCGGCUGUCCGAUAAUCCUUUGACCUCGCCACCUGCCUCGUUAUGCAUUCGCGGGCGAACGCACAUCUUUAAAUAUUUGGAGAGACAGGCGGCGAAGCACGAGAGAGCCAGAGGUGGCCGCGCUAGGAGAACACCUUUGGACGUCAGGGGUCACGCGACUUUGGAUACGAGGACCCACAGGCGACACAACGUGGACAGUGGGUACAGCACGAGCGACGGCGUCGACAAACGUUGGUCUCAAGAGAUUCACAGCGCGGUGCACGACGGUGAGAUUCGGGGGCUGUGGCGUCAAGAAUGCUCGCCCCUUUCGAUCACGUUGCCGCACGAGACGGGCGUGAACGGGUCCUGCAGCGGAACCUCGACUCCUAGUACCAUCUCGCCUGGCGAGCACACGUCUCUCGAGGAUGAGCUCGGCAAGGCCAUGAUACUGCACGAUCAAUUGGAAAAGAGGAAAUUAGAAAGGAGCACCUCGGAGAAUGGUGCCGAUGUCAGAAGACCGAUGACCUCUGGUUUCUAUCACGCGUCGAUUACGCCACCCGGUCCCCUCGAAUCCGCUCAUCUGAAUCAAACGUUGCCGGUAUCGACCAACACGCAAUCCGUGCAACCGUUGCAAACUUCGACCUCUAACGCUACCUCGUUGAUGAACGGAGACGAGAAAAGGCCGCUCAAUCAUAUUCAAACUUACAGGGAGUAUAAAGAGGCUUUGAGACAACAGAGGGCAAACGAAGGGCCGAGCGUGUACAGGCCGCGAGAACAAGUCACACCACCGGGCAACGAAUCGCAGAACAACGCAGAGACGGCGGACUCGGCUAGUAACAAAGACGCGGUUGCUUUGACCGGUAAACAGAUCUUCAACGAGGAGAACGCGACCAAGAGACCAGUGCAGAAGGUAACUCCGUCACGCAUCAACUAUCAGAACACGCCGAUUAUCAACGGUAGCAAUAACGAGUACAACAAUAAGAACGGGAAAUACCUCGAGCAGCCGUAUAAGAAGCCUAAUUCGCCAAUCAAAACAUCUUCGAGCAUUUUAUCUUCCAACACAAGUCCAGGACACACACCUAGAUUAGUGAAAACCGCUGUUGGUUACGUGGAAGGUAACAAGAGUCCGAACAGGAACGGUGGAAGUCCAAAGUCUCCUCGAUCGGUUACAUGGAACAGCAACGUGCCUGAAAAAUAUUCAUUCACCAUGAGAAGAGAGUUCGAGCGUGCCAAAGAGGAAGCUGACCUGAUCGAGCAACUUCGAAACCAUAUCGAGACGCGGUUGAAGAUGGCUCUGCCGGAAGAUCUCGCCCCGGCGCUAACGGACGGUGUUGUACUUUGUCACUUGGCAAACCACGUAAGACCCCGAUCGGUUGCCAGUAUCCACGUUCCUUCGCCAGCUGUGCCCAAGUUGACAAUGGCAAGAUGCAGGCGUAACGUCGACAAUUUUCUCGAAGCGUGUCGAAAGAUAGGCGUUGAUGAGGAGGUGUUAAUGGACGCGGACGCAAUCAUGGACGUGGGUUACAUGGACGCGUACGGGCUGGAGGCUCUGGCGCGUCUCGUCUCCGCUCUUCUCCUUUUCCGUGACGAGGGGGAGAACGAUAAGAACGAGGAAUCGGCCCCAGGUUCAUCCCAUACGAUUCAGGAUCGCGUUUUAUCCGCGAUGCUUUUUCUCACAUUCCUAUCCUCCCUCGUUCUGCUCUAUUUGUUCCCCAUUCCCGAUUAAAAAUAAGAGAAAAGAGCGACCAAGACGAGCACGCCAGAGUGCAAAACGAUGGGACAAACGACGCUCGCAAGAGAAAAGCACAAUCGAAGAUUACAAUCUGGGAUUGCUCUGGGAUAUUUGUCGAGUAUUGAUUAACAUUGAGAUUUGACAAGCGCGAAACGCGACGCGACGUGGCGCGACACAACGACUCGGCCAGAACGAUUUCUUUAGAUAUAGAUUUCAUCGUAUAUAAUUGGUAUUUCUCGAUUCGUUUGCCAAGCCGUCGAGUCGCCCGAUAUAAUUUUAUCGCGCGACACUCUCCUCGUCUCUUCCAUCCAAUUUAGUAUUCUUAGAGCGGCACGAUAUUUUUAUAAUUUUUCUCUUUUCUUUCUCUCUCUCUCUCUGUCUCUCUCUCUCUUCCUUUUUCUUUACGUCCUCUCGUUUGCUUUACGUCGGGGUGAAGAAAACGGGGUCGAGUGUCGCGCGGAAUCAUCACCUCCUUGGCAUCGAUGUUAAUUGCGAGCUUAUUUUAAUCACGAUCCACAAGAAACGGAGAAAAUUGUAUCGAGGCUAUUUGUUAUCGUUCGAUUUUUCGAAGUGUCUCGUUCUUUCGAUUCGAUGCAAUUUCUUAACUUUCCUUUCUAUUGUGAUUUUUACAAAUUUUUCUCUCGUUAAAUGAAUCGCCAUCGAAUUCGAGACACUCGAAACAUUUUGGAAGAAAUAUUCUCAGACAAACGUUAGUUUAAUCUAAUGAGUUAUUCAAAAAAAAAGAAAAAAACGCUUUGCUUGUACGUUCGAUUUAAUUUAUACCGAUUCUCAGCUCUAGCUUAAAAUUGUUAGUUUAGGGUUGUUCGUUUGUUUGCCUCCAUCGUUGUGGCUUGGGGGAGACGCUUAAAAAUUCCGACGAGUUAGUAUUCGAUAGGCCCUUAAGUAUCGAAAGGCAGCUUGAAUCAUUACAUUUAGUCCAAUAGUUAUAUAGAGAGACCGCUACGUAGUGCGUAGGUUAGUUAACCGUUUUUUGUUUUGGCAUAAGGUGUUCGACAAGAACUCGAGCUAAUAUUAUAUUUCGUUCUCGAGUUUUGGUCGUUAAAUACACAUAAUUAUUUCACGAUGAAAGAAGGUAUAUAAGAUAUAAAAAAAAAGAAAAAGAAAAAAAAAUCAAAGAGCGCAAUCAAAGUUGAAAAGACGCGCUCUCAUAUCAAAUGGUAUCGCCUGUAUGUAUGUACCUUGAACGAACAAAUCGUUCGUUUUGAUCGCUGGAAUCGUUACGAUCGGUGGGAUCUAUCGUCGAACAAGAUCUAUCGAGAAAAUAGUAUUUUGCUACGCGAAGGGAUGAUGGCCCUUGGAAAUAUGGUAUUAAUUGGUAUUCAAUAAUUUCUCAUUUUCUUCCAAUUUUUGGUUUCGAAUAUACAUAUAUAUAAAUAAAAUCUCUCUCGAUAACGGAAUCAUUAUGUGGAAUCAAGGAAAGUGAAUGAAACGAAGAGUAGAAUUUCUUGGAAACUGGUAUUCUUAGCGGCAUCAUCUCUGGUACACGUAACUGUGUCUUGAAUCGCGAAGUUCAAAGAGAUGAAAGGGGAAAGAACCUUCGUGUGUACCUCAAAUGGUAGUAUUUUUUUAUUGUUCGACCAAUAUAAAUCGCCUACGGCUCUUUCAGGAUUGAUGGGUCUGUGAUAGGUAGCCUUCGAGUACUACAGGAUUCGCAAACAAGGUGCUAGAAAUCUCUUUAUGUUCAAAGAUUUCCUAUUUUGGUACGUAGGUUUAACGCACAAUUCGAACUCGAAAAGGAAUUCUUAUUUGACAUUGUUUUAUCGUUUACGAGUUUAUGAACAGUAUUGCGUCCCUCCCCGAAGGGUUCGCGGCAAAUCGCGACAAAUUUUGCUUUCUCUCGCUCCCGAGAUGAAAAUGGGACAAGAAAAUCUUUUUCGUUGGAGGAGGAACGUCCAACGAGAGCGCUUACACCUCACCGACCAAGCAAUUCGGUCGUAGCCUAAGAUAAUCUCCAUAUUUUCAUAUAAUUCGCGUUUAACAAAGAAGGAAGGAAGGAACAAAAAGAAAAAAUAAAAAAAGAAAAAAAAAAGAAAUUCGUAGUAGACGUUAAAAUACGUAUAUCGUUUAGAAUAUACACGCGUCUAAUUUAUUCUACAUAUAUAUUCGUACGAUAAGGGUUAUAUUGUAUAUGAUAAGGAAUUUGAGGAGGAACGAAUCGCUUAGGGGUGCGAUUAAAAUUUGAGAUUAAAAUUUUCGAAAAUCGUUCCCGAUAACAAUUGUCGAGAGUUUUAUUUUUAAAUAAUAUCGACAUCCUUGGAUCGAGUCUUCGAAUCGCGAGAAAUCUUUGCUUCCGGUUGUUCACUCCACGGACACGCGUCAACUUGAAAAACGAAUUGUUUUGCAGUAGUUUAGUGCCAAACGCGUCAGACAGUCGAACCGUGUAAGUUACUUACAGACAAUACGCAUCGCGACUCCGUUUCUCCCAGAUGCUUUCUAGCAUUUGUUGCUAGCAUGUUGAAAUGAACGAAAAUGAACGAUACGAUGAGUGAACACGUGCUCCCACAACAAGUUGUUUUUAAACGAAAACAUAUCCUGGGAAAUCGAUCGAGAAUGUACAAAGAAAAGAAGACGAGAAACUAAAUAGUUUCCAUUACGGUCUAAUACGAUGAUUUACUUGUAGAAAAGUUUUUUUUUUCUUUUUAUACGGUUGAGUCUUUUUAUACGAAAAUAUUCCGUACUUUGGACUGAAUACACAAUGAUCGCAUAGAUGUGCGUGUUUACAAGAUUAAUAAGCGACAUGACGUAAAGAACGAAUACAUAUAUUGCUGCAACUAUGUCAACGUACCAUCAAAUUCAAGACGAGCUGCAUCUUCCACAAUCAUUUGUUCAGUUUUCUUUUCGUUUCUAUUCGCGCAGCUCGCAUCGAUCAGCGGCAGAAAGUUUAUUUCUAGUCCUUUGUAUAUUGUCCUUCUUAGAUAUCUGCUCCUAUCUGGUGUAUUUUUAUUUUUUUUUUAAUAUCUUGAGAUAUAUAGGCUCGAUAGGAGAUUCUUUAAAUUCUUUUUAAUGU